AUGGAAACUGCCAAAUUCGCCAUUCACGAACGGGGACACGCAACCGAAGUCAGGAUGGCUGAUGUCCCGGGAAAGACCGAGUUCCCGGCCAAGCGGUGUGGUGUCCUUGGUGCCACCGGCUCCGUCGGCCAACGCUUCAUCCUCCUCCUCCACCAACACCCGCACUUCGAGCUCACCGCGGUGGGUGCAUCGCCGAGAAGUGCGGGCAAGAAGUACAAAGAUGCUGUGAAGUGGAAGCAGGCUGGCGCUUUCGAUAGGGAGCUGGGUGAGUUGGUCGUCAAGAACUGUACGCCAGAGGAGUUCGCGGGGCAAGUCGAUGUCGUCUUCAGUGGGCUGGACAGCGAUGUUGCGGGAGAUGCCGAAAUGGCCUUCCUCAAGGCGAACAUCCCAGUCUUCAGCAAUGCUAAGAACUACAGACAAGAUCCUGGCGUACCUCUUGUAGUGCCGACAGUCAACCUUCCACACCUAGACUUGAUCCCACACCAAAGGAAACAGCACAAACUCGACAAAGGCUUCCUAGUCUGCAACUCGAACUGCGCCGUCAUUGGUAUCGUGGGACCGUUCGCAGCUCUCCAACAGAAGUUCGGACCCAUCAACCAAGUCUCAGUCGUAACCCUCCAGGCAGUAUCCGGAGCAGGAUACCCAGGCGUGCCCAGCAUGGACAUGAUGGACAACAUCGUCCCUUACAUCAGCGGCGAAGAAGACAAGCUCCAACCCGAAGCGAAGAAGAUCCUAGGCAGCAUCAACAGCGAAGCCACAGCGUUCACUGCGCAGGACAACCUCCGCAUCAGCGCUACAUGCAAUCGUGUAGCAGUGCUGGAUGGACACACUGCAUGUGUAUCACUCAAAUUCGAGAAGCAGCCACCGCCAAGCGUCGCAGAGGUGAAGGCUGCACUACGAGACUACAUCCCAGAAGCACAGAAGCUCGGCUGCCCCUCAGCACCAAAACAUGCCAUUGUUGUAUUCGACGACGACCAGCCAGAUCGACCACAGCCUCGACUGGACCGCGACCUUGGCAACGGCUACUCCGUCAGCGUUGGCCGCGUUCGUGCAGAUGAAAGCGGCAUCUUCGACUUGCAGUUCACUGCACUGAGUCACAAUACAGUACUCGGCGCCGCUGGUAGCAGCAUCCUCAAUGCAGAGGCUGCAAUAUUGAAAGGCUACCUCUAG